AGAGCCAGGCUGAAGCAGAGAGGCAAGACAAAGAAGAUUCGAGCCCAAGAAUGAACUACAGCAUUAUUUUCACACUCCUGCUGCUCCUUGGAAAUUAUGCAGCUUUCUUUAUGGCUGUUCCCGUGAAUAACGACGUGAACAUACGAUGCAUGUGCAGGAACUAUGAAAGGAAGCAGAUAUUCCAAAAUAUUAUUUCUGACAUUGAUAUCUACCCCAGUGGUAAAGGUUGCAAUGUUACAGAAGUCAUAGCCAAGUUGACUUCAAACAAUAAAAUCUGUUUGCACGGAUCUGAUAAAUGGGUGAAGGACCUUAUUGACAAACUACUUAACACUACUUCAAUGUCAGAUACCUUUUGAAGGGCUUCAUUGCUGUAACAAUAUCCUGAGGUCAUGAAACAGGCUUUCUAGCUACAAACUUUUCCUUUAUUGCAAAGUGAUUUUAAUUCUGGAAGAAAGAUUGUACCUCCAAUAUAAACUAUUCAUCAAAGUCUAAAAUGAAUGCAUUUCGUCCUAAAUAAAAUACCGAAUCUCCUGUCUCUUCUUUAUCAAGCAAAAACCUCCAUCAUAAAACCAUAGAAUGAGGAUUGUAGCAGAUUAUUCUGUCCAUACGUCUUUGUUAUUCAACUACUUGCACACCCGACUCUUCAUCUGCCACCCACCCCCAAAACUCCAGCACCAUUUCAGCUGUUCUCCAAAGCCAUGCAAAAUUCUACUUCAAAAGUUCUUGCAACUUUCUAUUGAAAGUUACCAUUUAAUCUUCUUCCACUAUAUUUUUAAAUAACCCACUCCAAGUUAACAGCUUUAUCCCUCGUGUUGCUUCUGGUGCUUUCUUGAAAUUUGCGUCCUCUGGUUAGUGACCCUACCAGCACUGGAAACAGUUUCAAAUUAUUUUCUUUAUCUUAUAGUUCAUGUUUCAAAUCUGCCCUUAACUCUAUCUGUGCUAGGUAUAACAGUACAAUUUCUCCAGUUUCUCAAAACAAAUUCCACAAACGUUGUUUCAUUCUUCAAAUCCACUCUGGGGGGAUUUGACAUCAGACCUGUAUUUCAGUAAAGAUGCUGCAGUCAUUGGCAUGUCAGGAUGGAGAUGAAUGAAUUAUUGUAUCUUUCCUGAUCUGAUAACAUUGUAAGUCCAGGAACAGAGGACCUCAGUCCUACUUCAGUUUUUUUCCAGCUACAUUUUUCCAGCCACUGCUCCUUUUAUAUCAUACUCUGUUAUUUUCCUUUUAUCUAUCAGUAACAGGACAAAGAAUAUUAAAUUAGUGCAACAAAAAUAAUGUGGAUAGAAAGCCUUUACUUUGACAGCAUGACUUCUUAUCAUUUUAAGCUAUAAGCAAUCUGGAACAGCAAGAAAUAUGCCUGCAGAUAAGUUUGCUAUGUUAUCUACAUGAAAACUCAUGAGCAUGAAAUGUUUUAAUAAAAUGCUUUUGAAUCCAAUAA